UCCGUUCGAUGAACUCGGCCUUCCUUGCGUAAACUGUGUUGGGUAGCGGUUUCGCUAACCGUUUGAGAAAAAUUUCUGGUUUUCUCGGUACGAUUCUGUGUAGAGAAGAAGCAAAAAACGAAAACGAACGAAGGAGGACUUUACGCGUGUUUUUCCAGCAGCACCAACACCAGCGGAAACUCCUACGCCUGACGGCGGAUCGCUGCUGCUGGCUGGUGUUUUGGUCCGAUUUGUGUGUAUGCGGGGGCAUGUGUUUGUGAGUUGGCUGAUGGAGGAUUGACAACAGGGCGUCCUUGCGGGACUGCCGCGGUUGUUUUUCGUGGUGCUGCUGAGGGUUGCGAAUUUUCGACAGCACAACUUUUGACAGUUUGGUGUUGUGCGGGAUUCGCUCGCAUGGCUGUCUUCGAUGUGCACUGGUGUUUGUGCGUAGGUGACAAGUGAAUUCCUUUCUUGAAGUUGUGUAGCACAUGCGUGCAUAUUGAUACGAUAUCAUAUCGCGUUUUUGGAAUUUUCGGAUGUAGGUGUGCAAGUGGUGGUGCGCCAAAAGGAUUGGUCCCUACGGCGAUGAAAAAUUUCGGAAAAGAAAUUUAAUUAAGGCGUUCUGAAGCUGCUUCUUGAAAGUCCAGCAAUUUGUGAAGAAUACUCCUGGCAAGUGUAUCGAUCGAAUCUGUCAAAUUAAGGAGAAACCUGAGUAGGUAGCCCUUAAAAAUUCCAGGGAAGCGUCUGGAGGAUUAUUGCACAAGACCCAGUGGACGGGUGGAAAAUAAUCGAUAACUCGGAUGUUUUGGUCCGGCUCCAGCUGAAGUGUUCCGGAGAGUUGUAGGAUGAGGCCUCUUCCUUGCUGAGCAAGAAGCAGAAGGGUGGAUGCUGCUGUUUGACAACAGUGCUGAAAAAGGGUGUGGAAUUUUUUAUCCAACUGGUCCACUGUCUGGAUUGCUAAGAUUGAUAAAAAGAAGCCUAAUUGUGAAGCCGUCCGGGAAGUGCGAUUGAUUGAUUUAUCACAAACCAAGAUUGAUCACGGCCUGCUGGGAUAGUUGUUAAAUCGGAUAUAUCAGUUAUUUAUCAGAGUUGUCUUUAGGAGCCAUAAGAAAAAAAAAUCGAAUGUGCAGACAAGAGGUGGACCCCUCUGAAGCCAUGCCGCUGUGAAAUUACGUUCCAUAGCGUUCAAUCCGAGUAGAAUUGCUUCAUACAAGCGGAACGCGUGUGAAAAAAAUCCGCUGAAUAAGCGAUAAAUGAGAGUGAAAUUUUACCAACCUUUUACGUCAGGUCUCCGCAGUUGAUUUUUUCCGGCCUUCUUUUUUAUCGGAGUGUAGUUGUUACAAAAUCGUUCGCAAUUAACGUAAAAUUGCCGACGAUCGGGCUGCUCAAAAGCAAUCACGCCUGCUUUGUUUACCCCCCCUCAGAAAAGUGUCUCGAAAAGUGGUGGCCUUCCGGUUGUUGUGAUCCGGUGAAUGAUUCAACUUUGGUUUGCAGUCGGUAUUAUAAUCGGCCAAAAUCGAUCGUGAUAAGUAUAAGAAAAGAGUGUUGGUGAUGAAAUAAUUAAUUCAAUCAUCGAAAAAAAAUUACUUCGGCAACCAGCCAAAUUGAGUUAAAAACCAAAAGAGCGUAUUGACCUUUUCAGUUUGGGGAACCGUUCGCGAGAACUUCAAACUCCCGAGGCCAUUUAUCAGAGUGGGAAAGACAAAACGCAAUUGGAUUAAUCGCACCUUCGUAGCUAGCAGCAGGACUUCGGGAACUGGUUUUCCCAAUUUGGUGGCCUUUCUGGAGAGAACCUGUGAAGCCGAAACACCAAAAAAUCCAGCGAGAGACACACUCAGAAAAAUAAACAGAUUAUCCAGAGAUAGAGAGUCAACCGACAUCGAAUCGAAUCGUGCGUCCAAACAAUGGGAUAACUCUUACCCACCGAGUUUGCUUCGUUCCAUCCGAGCGUGUCGUGUCGUCUCCAGAUCGGUUAACGCUCGGCCUACUUGAUUUGGUGAAACAAUAACAACCCGAAGCGAACCGAUUGCUUCGAUUCGAUGGAAGAGUCACGCAAAUUCGUCGUCUUCGCCUACUGUUAAAAGGAUCAUGAUUGUGAUUGAUGCUACUCGUGUUCGCGUUUAGAUAGAAUGUAGAUUCAAAAUCAUCCGAGUGAAGUGCGAAAAUAAUUUUAAGGUAAAAAAGUGGGUAAUGGCAUUUGGUGUUGUUUAGAAUUGGGGUUCCAAUUCCGGUACAGAAAAAAAGUGCUUGUGAUACCGAGCGACCAGAAGUAAAGUCUACGAAGAUGGACACGAUGACCUUCGACGACGAACCGCCACCCGAACCGAGGGAUGGCUGGCUGCUGGUGCGGAUCUUCGUGCCGGAGCUGAACGUCUACAAGUGUUUGCAGUUCCCAUCGGAUAAGAUCGUGUGGGACGUCAAGCAGCAGUGUUUGGCAUCGCUUCCGAAGGUUGCCUUUUGGUUCACGGAAUUGAAGGAAAGCUUCAACUAUGGACUGUUUUGUCCGCCUUCGAACGGGAAGGCGGGCAAGUUUUUGGACGAGGAACGGCGGCUCGGCGAUUAUCCGUUCAAUGGACCCGUCGGGUAUUUGGAGCUCAAAUACAAACGGCGCGUGUACAAGAUGCUGAAUCUGGACGAGCGACAGUUGAAGGCGCUUCACACCCGGGCCAAUCUGAGGCGCUUUCUCGAGUGCAUCCACGGAGGGCAGGUGGAAAAGAUCGCAAAGAUGUGUGCCAAAGGGCUGGACCCAAACUUCCACUGUCCGGAGACGGGAGAAACUCCACUGACGAUAGCAACGGGAACGAAGAAACCGAACAAGCUGCUGAUUGCCCUGGUCAAUGGAGGCGCGUUGCUAGACUAUCGGACCAAGGAUGGGACCACGGCGCUGCAUCGAGCGGUGGAGCGGGACAGUUUGGAGGCUGUGAGCACCCUGCUGGAACUGGGCGCCUCGCCAAACUACCGGGAUACCAAAAACCUGACGCCCGUUUACCUAUCGGUGACGCGGCGAACCGAUUCCAAAAUCUGCGAAAUCCUUCUUCAUGACCACGCCACCCUCGGCAUCCAAGACAGCCAGGGCUGGCAGGAAGUCCACCAGGCUUGUCGGAACGGGUUAGUGCACCACCUAGAGCAUCUGCUGUUCUACGGUGCGGAUAUGGAUGGGCAGAACGCUUCCGGCAAUACGCCGCUGCAUGUUUGCGCUGUUAACAAUCAGGAGGCUUGCGCUAGAAUGCUUCUCUUUCGGGGUGCCAACCGGGGCGCCCUAAACUAUGCCAAUCAGACACCGUACCAGGUGGCCGUCAUUGCCGGCAAUCUGGAGCUGGCCGAGAUGAUCCAGAACUACAAAUGCGAAGACAUCGUCCCGUUCCGUGGUCCACCACGGUACAAUCCGCGGCGCCGUUCCGGCCUCGGGUGGGGUUCGACCCUUUCCCGCAUCUACGGUGGGCCGCCAUCGCCCUGUCCCUCGGAACACCCGUUCAGUUCCGCCAGCUCGAGCCUUUCGGAGGGAUCGUCCAGCCACCGGAGCCACGAGGAUGACAUUAGCAUCGUUACAGACAAAAGCCUCGGGGACACGAGCGACAUCAUUAGCGAUUCGUCCGGUGUCGGUACGAAUUCGGACAGUGCGGCCUGCUCGAUCGGCCAUCCGAGUACCACGGUUGUCUGUAUGGAGGGCUACGAGGGCGACCUUUCCGGGCACAUUCAAAUCCAACCAGGUGACGUGAUCGAGGUGGUCGGUUCGACGGAUUGUGGCCUGCUGGAAGGUUUCGUGCGGGGUACCAACAAAACCGGCUUCUUCCCGGCGCACUGUGUCCAGGAGGUUCAAUUCCGGCAGAAGAGCAUCAUCAACGUUUCGACCUCGACACCGUCGCAUCAUUAUGUGAUCAGUGGAGCAGGUCAUAGCGAAGUCAUGGUGGUAGAUCCACAACAACAGCCGGAUGGGGGACAACUGCAGCAGCAGCAGCAGCAACACUAUAACAGCCAGACGGCACCGAGGACUAAAAAAGCCAUUCCUGGUGAACCCCGGACAGUUGUUCUCCAUCGGGCCAAACGUGGCUUCGGAUUCAUCCUCCGAGGAGCGAAAGCCUCAUCGCCGCUGAUGCAGCUCAAACCCACACCACGUUGUCCGGCCCUCCAGUACCUGGACGAUGUUGAUCCGGGUGGUGUGGCCGACAUGGCCGGUUUAAAACCGGGCGAUUUCCUCCUCUCGAUCAACAACGAAGACGUUGCCUGUGCAUCACACGAACACGUGGUCGACCUCAUCCGAAACUCCGGAUCGCUGGUUCAGAUGACGGUGGUAACGCUACCCCAGAAUCUAGUGAACUCGAUGAUGGAAACGCUGACUGGGGUCAGCAAUGGUGAUGCGAGUAGCCAACAUUCCGGAUCCGGUAUGAGCACACCGGUUUCAGCACGCCAAUGCUCAACGCUUCCGAGGCGACUGGCCAACGGUGGACAGCACCCGGGAGCCAAUGGUGGUGGCGGUGGCAAAAUGCCAGCCCCGAUGCCCCCAAGAAGAGAUCCAAAGACAACCCUUAGCGUAGGAAGAGCCCGUGCCAAAUCCAUGGUUGCCGGACUGGAAGGCGGAGGCGAACGGGACGACGAUGAGUUGGCCAACCAGACCAAAUACACGUCGGCCGAAUCGAUCCACCAUCAGCAUCAAAUGUCACAGUCAGCCAUCAACACCCCUACCCAGGGAGGUCCCGGAACUCCGGUUCAACCUCGUACAGCCAGCAUCAAAUCGCGCCCCACUUCUAGUCGAAUAACGGCCGCUGAGUUGGAAGAACUCUUCCAAAGGCAACAGGGCGCGGAUGCCAAUCGUUGCUCAAUGCUCAUGACAAGCUCCCGGUUCCAGUCCAGUGGAUUCGAUAGCGGUGCCCCCACGCCUCCUACCUCUCCUCAGAAAGGACCAAUCGUGUAUGCUAGUGUUGCCGAAAUGAAGCGCAAAAAGUCAUCCAAAAUCGGAACCCUCAGAGGACGACCCAUUCCCAUUCCACAAGUGUCCGGUUCCGAUUUGAAACGCACCUUCCACAGUACCCCGGACUUGGCUACCGUUGGCAUCACCGGAAGCAGCGAUACCCUUGGAAGCACCGGAACGCUCACCCCAUCGGCCAGCUGGUUCAACACCGUCGGCCACAAAGCUGGCGGAAGCAAAGGCCACCGAUCUCAGGAUGACGUACACGCGCUGCAGAAGCACCUAUCGAUGCAAAGACUGAAUCUCCCGCCACCAAACCACCCACCGCCACCUCCCCCCGUGGGCCAGGUGGUCAAGGUGGACAUCACCCGAGGUUCGGAGUACGAGUGCCUAUCCGCGCUCCAGAAGCACAUCCAAAUGAAGCAGAAACAGAAAUCCAAAUUGCAAGAAUCCGAAGUAAUGUCCAGCUUCAAACCGGACUCGAACGCCAAGCUGUACGCCUCGCCCCACGACAUCCGCAACGUUGGCUACCGAACGGCGAGUAUCACCUCGACAACCUCGGUGGCUACGACCUCGAGCAAUAGCAGCAGCGGCAACAGCAGCACCAGCGGAAAUAGUACUGCUAGUACAGAGAUCCGCAAAACGUCUUCGCUACGGUCGACAUCGUCGAGCACCGGAGGUGGAAGUGCCAUCAACGUGACGACGGUGACGAUCGGAAGUGGUGGUGGCGUUAGCAUCGGACAAACAACCACCGCCAACAGUGGUACUGCUACCGGUGCCGGUAGCAAUCCGUACGCUCAACCUGGACGACCCGGUACCGUUCAGCUGCAAGGGGGACAGAAACCCUCGCUGGAACGGGCACCGACCCUACCGGAUCCGGACUUCAGCCUGAGUGAAUCGGACCCGGAGGAGGAGAAUUCGGUGCGGUUAGCGCGCAGUCAGCUCAAGAAGGUCGAUCUCAGUCAGAAGGGGGGCGGUGCGGCAACGGCUGGUAAUCGGGUAACGGUCGUUACCAAUCCGGGAAUGGCCGCCGAAACCAGUGGCAACAGUAAUACGAGCGGCAGCAGUUCCGGUUCAAGCUCGAUUCCACAUUCCUUCUCGGUGGAAGAGAUCCAGAAGAUCCGCACCAAGCUGAAGUCAUCCAAGUCCUACCCGAACGACUUCCUGAGGCAACAGAAUCAACAGGCCGGCAACGAGCAGGGAGGCAACGGGAACAAUAACGAAGACAACGGCGAUAACAGCUCCUCCGGGGUGAGCAGCGAUCAGGAAGUUACGGUCACCGGCAAUGAGAAGGAACCGUCGGAUCCCAAGAAGGUUGGCUCCCUGCUGGAACAGAAGAAGAUGGCCGUCAUGAUAACCCCAACGACGGCAUCGAUCGUGGCCAAAGUUUCGGUUCGAAGCGAAGAGGAAGAGAAUCGCGAAGACGACGACCAGAGUCCAAGUCCCCCGGCGACGGGAUUCCAGCGGCACAAUUCUCUAACGCGAAAGCAGGCGGCCUCGAUUGCGGCAAGCCGAGCCGCCAAAGCCAACCAGCAAAACCUUCAGCAGAGGCACGCGGUCACGCUGGCAACACUACCUCCACCGAUGGAAGCGGCCGAUUCGGAUGAAGCCGACUCGGCGGCCGUUCUUCCGCCACCGGCCGAAUUUUGUGAUAUGCUUCCGCCAGCACCGGCUCCGGCAAUGAUGGGCGGUACACUAUCACGGCAUCACCAUCAUCAGCACCAUCACGGGCACCAGCAUCAGCAUUCCGGGAGUCAGCAUGGCGGUAGUGCCGCAGCCUCUGUCGGUUCCCACAAUCCCAACUGCAAACGAGUACGCAUCGUCGGUGCCGUUCCGAAGGUCAAUCGCAUGAAUAGCCAGUAGGUUUAGAGCGAUAUUUAAAGGUAAGCGCAGAACAACACCACUUUAUUACCACUAGAGUAGCUAGAAAAGCCCUGAUCCUCUCUUUGAAUGUAUUCAAAAAAGGAAAAAUUUUAUCGAGUUUCCGGUCAUCUACUAAAGGUUUUAAGAGAUUGACGAAACCUUUGGAAACAAAAGUGGGCCUACAGACACGCAUUUUCGAAUAGCUAAUAAUGGAAGGUUGUUUCUGCUAGAGAAACACCAAUUUCGUGUGGCUUUCUCGUAUACAUUUUCAUCAUAUUAAGCCAUAUUAUAGUUAAAGAAUGAAAGGAACAAAACAAAAUUUAAAACGAAAUCGAACCAUGAAAAAAACCAAUUUCGUAUCUCUCGAGACCUUCGAGAAAACGCUCAAAAUGUUGCUUGAAAGUUGGUUGAAUUAUUUUUAAAAGUUUAACUUUUUUUUAUCAAGAGAAAAUUUAUGCCGAAAUGCAGUGCAAUAUCAUUUGUCGAUGACAAUGAUCGGAAAAGUAAAAUAUAAAAUGAAAAACUGAAAAAAUAACCUUUUGAUAGAAAAAAAAACCGCAAACGACCUUUCAAGCAAGUAAGCUAAUCAACUGUUUAUAUUGUACAUUUUUAUUUAGUUCCAUGAACCCUAACUUUAAGUUUGUUAUUCCUUAUUAUUAAAUAUCAACCCAGGGAUAGCUCCCGACGAGUUGGUUGAAACAUAUCGAAAGCCCUCUUUCGAAUAGUUCACACUGCAACAAUCGACUGUGAACCAUUUUGAGAAUGUGUUUUCGUUCAGUGUUUCAACAGAAAAACCAACCGUAUCGUAGCAGGCCUUUACGAUCCUAGUACUAGUUUGCUCAUGUUUCGUUUGAUUCUUUCCAGUCUAAGUUGGCUUUGAAGAAGAUAAACUUAUUGUUAAGUUGAAAAAACUAAUCAUAACUCAUAGUUAAAAAAAAGCUUCAGCGUCAUAAGAGUCGCAUUUCGAUAUGAGAGAAUGUGCAUUUUAAUUGCUUUGUUGUAACUUUUCUUUUGUAUGAUAGUUACUCUCGAUUUCACCGAGUUUCGUUGAUCUUCAAUUGUACUAUACACUGAGAAAAUAUCAUAAGUUGGAAUUAAGAGCUUCCUUCCUUCAAUUUGUACAUUCUAAUCAACUCGUGGAAGUAUUAUUUCUGUCUCUUUAAUUAAUUACAUUAAUUAACAAGUCACAAGCAGAGCAGAGCGUAAGCCAAGUGCGAUUUGAUUCGCCUUGAAAUUUGAGUGAAUAUUUUUUCAAAAGACCAUUCGAAGACGUCUUCAAACCCAUGGGAUCGAUCUUCGUUUUAUGAAAAACAAUAGAGGCAACGCUCUGAUCGGAACAACAACUAUUCGUCCGAUUCAAGAAUCGAAUCCCAUGUUGUUGUAACUAUUCGCGAGAUUGCACUAUACCAAGUAUAAUCAAUUUUAGUUUGACUUUUGCGUGAUAAAAAUGCACCUUCCCUAGCGAUUUUUUCGUUGUGCGUCCAGCCAAUAUCAGAUUAUAUUAUAUUUUUAUACGACACUCUAAGAUUCGAAAUUUACUAUUUUGAAAGAAUUCAUCUUAGACGACGUACACAACAAAACAAAAAGCUAAAAGAAACAAAUUUAAUGUUACAUGCCAUCUAGCCAAAAAAAAGAAAACGUAAUUCGAACCAUAAAAAUAGAGUUUUAAAAAGAGAAAUCGAAUGAAAACGUUGAUAAUGCUCUAUCUAGCAAAUGAAACGAAUAGAGAAACACGCAAUUCUGUCCGCGAAAGUUUAACAAGUAUUGUUAGAAAAACAUUGAAGAAUUAAUAACAAAUAAAACAUGCAUUUUAAUCUAUAACGCAACAGUCAAAUGAGAUAGAAACAUACAAAAACAAAAUGUACGCGCGUUCGUUCCACACAUACCUAAAUAUAUAUAUAUAUUUGCAUCCGCUAGAAUCACCAUAACAAAAACACUCCACGUUAGCCAAUAAAACAUGACGAAACAAACACAACAAGAAGUAUACACAACACAAUGCAAUAGCCUUUUUCAAAUGUAUCGAAACUCAUCACGAACUCCAGUAUGGAUUCGUCGAAUAAAAAACCAAUAGAAAUCUCAUCCACCUAGACAGAACAGUGUGCUGUUGUAUCUCACAGUAACGAAUUAUACACACAUGACGCAAUAAAUGGAUAUUCGAGCACAGUUUUUACAAAACAUACAUAUUUCAAUCAGAAAAAAGACAAACCAAAUAACAAAAUGAAAAAAGAAAGAAAAAAACGAAUCGCGCAGGGGAGUAAAAUUUACGAAAAUAACACAAUUUUAAAGGCAAAAGUUACUGAAAAUAUUCAAUCAACCAACCCCACCACCAUCAUUUGAUAAACGAAAAAAAAAACAGAAAUUGCGCAGCUUAUAGCGAACACAGACUGUUAGCGAAUCGUAAAAACAAAGAAACAAAUAAUAGAAAAAAAAACAUUCAUUGAUUGUGGGUGUACCGGUUUUUAUCUGUAUAUGUGCGGUGUCCCUUUGUCCUAUCCACCAGCAAGGAGAAUAUAAACUAUUACUAAUAAACCAAUAGACAUUAAACAAACAAAAAACAAUCGAUAGCCAACAGCAAACAGAAAAAACACAGUUUUAACCAAAACGGCGCGGAUUGUCUUCUGUAGGGACAUUUUUGAAAAGUAGAAACGACACUGAAUAACAGAAAGAAUCACACACCAUUUUGAGCAUCCAUCAACCGGCAACAAACCAACACGUGCGAAGGAGAGACACACAAACACACACACAUGUUUAUAAACAAUUCUAUGAUAUUAAAAAGUAAAGAAACAAACAACAAACCUGCUAUCGUAAUUAUGGUAAAGAUAAAUGAAUAAAACAAAACCAAUAAAACUA